ACCAGCGAGAGGAACCGGCAGGCUGGUCCCCGCCGGGGCCUGCGCGGCGCGGCCGCCAUGAAGCUGACGCGGAAGAUGGUCCUGGCCCGGGCCAAGGCUUCAGAGCUGCACAACGUGCGCAAACUCAACUGCUGGGGGAGCCGUCUCACAGAUAUUUCCAUAUGCCGGGAAAUGCCCAGCCUGGAGGUGAUCACCCUCAGUGUCAACAGCGUCUCCACCCUGGAGCCCGUGAGCAGCUGCCGGCGCCUGAGCGAGCUGUACCUGCGGAGGAACUGCAUCCCCAGCCUGGCCGAGCUCUUCUACCUGAAGGGCCUGCCGCGCCUGCGGGUGCUGUGGCUGGCCGAGAACCCGUGCUGCGGCACUGACCCCCAGCACUACCGCAUGACUGUGCUGCGUAACCUCCCCACCCUCCAGAAACUGGACAACCAGGCUGUGACAGAGGAGGAGCUGUCCCGCGCCUUGAUGGAGGGAGAUGAGAUCACCGCCCCAGACAGAGACAGUGGCUGCCCUGAGCCGUCCUACAUGCUGAGCUUGGUCAGCUCCUCUGCUGAGACUAGCCAGGACCUGCUGAGCUGUGGCGAGGAGGAAGCAGACAGUGUCCAGGCCCAGCUUGGCCUGAAUGCCCCUUCCCGGGACCAGUUUUCUUCCUUCUCACAAAAGGAUGCUUCAAACAGUAUCAAGAACAGGAAUGUACUGACUGCCAUCUUGCUGCUCCUGCGGGAGCUGGACAUGGAGGGGUUGGAAGCCGUGCGGCGGACCGUGGGCAGCCGGCUGCAGGCCCUGCAGGGGCAGGAGCUGCAGGAGCAGGGCACUGCAACAGUGGGCGGUGGAUGCCAACCACGUGGGGCCGUGGGAAAUAGCUGCUGGGGGCCUCUGGAGCAUGGUCUGGAAGCUUCCGCUGGGAAGAGGCUACCCGGAUCCAGGUGGGGACACUGCAGCCCUGGUCCUUCCUGGUGCCUCUGGAAACCAAGGGUGUUGCUUCACGCCAUCAUGGGGAAACCAAACCUGGCCGUGCUGAGUGCAGGACCAGGCAGAACACAGGGCACUUUCCCUCAGCCCCUUCCUCCUGGUGGGGUUGGGACCCAGGUCUGUGAAACGUCCACCUCCAUGCAGGAGCUGAGAGCACAUCAGAUCAUGUGACAGCUGCAUAGACCACAGAGCCAGUGCUGGAGUGGUGCAUUUGGAAGGCCACCCACUCGCCUCCACUGUGUUUGAAGAUGAUGCUCCCCUCAUGGUAUGAGCCACUUUUGAAAUGCUGGUGGCCAUUGUACUCAGGGCCUGGUCAAGGCCAGGGUGAAGUGGGGAUGAAUCACCUGUGGGGUUACUUCCAGUCAGGGGUACUCUCUGAGCCGUGGGAAGACAGAAGGUCAUAAGCUUGUAUCUGUGCCCACUUGUAAUGGUGUGCUGUUGGACACUCAAUAAAGCACUGUCUUGGAGAA